AUGUAUUAAUAAAGUAUAGAUUAUAAAGAAACUUACUAUUCAAGGUAAGCAGUUGCUUUAGGAUUGGAUACAUAAUAAAAGAUAGAAGAAUUGGAGUGUUUUAUUUAUGGAUUAAGAGGAGUAUGAAUAUAAUAAUAAAGAUAGUUAGGACUUGAAAUAGCUAAGAAUUUAAUAUUGAUGGGUUUAAAAAGAGUGAUGAUAUAUGAUAAAACAAUAGUAUCAAUUUUGGAUUUAGGAACAAACUUUUAUGGGAAAUUUGAUUAAGUUGGUAGUGUAGCUAGAGAUUAAGGAUUAAUUGAAUCUUUAAAAGAUUUAAAUGAAAACGUAAUAGUAGAAAUAUAUAAUGGAAACAUAAAUGGGAAUAAUUUAAAAUAGUUUUCUAUCGUAGUAAUGACAGAUAUAUGGGAUUAACAAUUAAUUGAAGAAAUUAAUGAAGCAACAAGAUAAUAAGGAAAUGGAUUUAUUUUAGCACAUUCUUCUGGGUUAUUUGGAUCUAUUUUUGUAGAUUUUACAGAUGUAAAGAAUAUAAUAUAUAUAAUAAUAGAACUUUAUAAUUCAAGAUAAUAAUGGUGAAAUAUGCAAAGAAAUAUUAAUUGAAUAUAUAUCAAAUGAUUAAAAAGGAAUAGUAAAUACUUAAAAUUAAAAACAUAAAUUCUAAGAUGGAGAUUAUAUAAUAUUUAAAGAAGUUUAGGGAAUGAGUGAAAUUAAUGAUUAAGUGUUUAAAAUAACUGUAAUAUAAUAAUGUAAUAAAUAAGGUUGUAUCUCCUUAUUCAUUUAGUAUUGGUGAUACAUCAAAGUUUUCAUCUUAUGAAAGAAAUGGAAUUGCAAUCUAAGUAAAAAUUCCAGAGAAAAUAUCAUUUAAAUCAUUCAAGAAUAUGAUUAAUUUUAAUAAAGAAGAAAUGUAAUACAAAAAUUUAGAAAAAUUAGAUAGAUCUAAUUAAUUAUAAAUUGUAUACAAUUCUAUUUUUAAUUUUAUGAAAGAAUUAGGUAGACUCCCAAAUUUAUUGAAUAAUAAUGAUGCAGAUUUAUUAUUAAAAUUAGUUUAAUAAAUAAAUUAAGAUUUAUAAUAAGAAUUAGAUAUAUAAUUAAUUAAAAAUAUUUCACUUUAUUUAUAAGCCUAAAUAAUUCCAUUAACAUCAUUUUGGGGAGGUUUAGUUGCAUAAGAAGUUAUUAAAUUUACUGGUAAAUAUACACCUAUUAGAUAAUGGUUUCAUUUAGAAUUUUAUGAAGCACUUCCAGAAAUUGAAGUUAAUAGAAAUAUGUUAAACAAUUAAUAUGAUAAUUAUAUUGCUAUAUUUGGUUAAGAAAUCAUAGAAAAUUUAUAAAAUUAAAAUAUUUUAUUAAUGGGAGCAGGAGGUUUAGGAAAUGAAUAUUUAAAGAUAUUUACACUUUUGGGAAUUGGAAGUGGAUUAAAAGGAUAAUUAAUUAUUGCUGAUGAAGAUUAAAUUGAAUUAUCAAAUUUAAAUAGAUAAUUCUUAUUUAAAUAAUAACACAUUAAUUCUAAUAAAGCUAUUACAGCAUGUUCAACUAUUAAUUAAAUUAAUAAAUCAAUCAAAUGUAAACCAUUUCCAAAUUAUAUAUCAAAAUAAAAUGAAUAAAUAUUUAAUAUGUCUUUCUGGAACAACUUACAUAUUGUUGUUAAUGCAGUUGAUAAUAUUAAAUCAAGACAUUAUAUAGAUUCUUAAUGUUGUUAUUAUAAAAAACCUAUUUUUGAAAGUGGAUCAGAAGGAACUAAAUCUCAUUCUUAAGUAAUAAUUCCAUUUCUAACUGAAUCUUUUAGUGAAUCCUAAGAUUCAUCAGAACUUGUGAAUCUUAAAAGUAAUUUCAGUACCUUUCCAUAUCUAACUGAACAUAUUAUUGAAUGGGCUUUAAACUAUUUCUUAGAAAAAUUUUAAUAAACUUCAAAUGAUUUAUAUUAGUUUUCUUAAAGUCCUUCUAACUUUUUAAAAGAAUAAUAUAGCAAAAAUUAACAUUAACUUUAUUAACUUAAAGAAAAAUUAGAAUAAUUAGAUAAAUAUUUAUUUAUAAUAAUCAAUCCUACAUUAGAAAAUAUAAUUAAAUUUGCAAUAAAUUUAUUUUAGUUUACAUUUUAUGAUUAGAUCAAGAACUUAUUAAAUAGUUUUCCAUCAAACUAUAAAUUAGAAAAUGGAUAAUUAUUUUGGACAAACCCAAGAAGAUAACCUAUCACAAUAUAAUUUGAUUAACUUAAUUCUCUUCAUUAAUAAUUUAUUAAUUGUACUGUAAAUAUAAUUUUUUAAAUGAUUGGUUAAUCAUCACUAUUUAAUUAUGAUUAAAUAUUAGUUGUACUUAAUUAACUUACUAAUAAUAAUAUUGAAUAAAUAGAAUAAAUUAAUUAAACUAUUGUAUAAUUAGAAAAUCAAGAAAAUAGUGAACAUUAAAUUUAAAAAGAGGUUGAAACUUUAAUUGUUAAAUUUGAGAAUUUAUUUUCAUAAAAUUAAAAUAACUUCUAAAAGGUUUAAUGUUUACCUUUUUAAAAAAAUAAACUUAAUUAUUUAGAAUUAUAGUUUAUUUUAUCAGCAGCAAAUUUAAGAUCAAUUAAUUAUAAUCUUCCAAAGAUAUCAAAAUUCUAAGUGAGAUAAUAAAUUGAACAUAUUUUUCCUUAAUUAAUAACAACAAAGGCUGUAAUAACAGGAUUAGUAGCAAUUGAAAUACUCAAAUAUAUUCAAUAAAAAAAUAUUAUAUUUCAUAGAAAUACAUUUGUUAAUCUUGCCUUACCCAUUUUUGUUUUUUCUCAAAUUAAACCUCCUAAUAAAAAUAUUGAUUAAGAAUUCAAUAUUUUAUUAUGUGAUAAAACUAAAGCAAUUCCAGAUAGUAUAUAUAUAAAUAUUUUUAGAUUGGACUAUUUGGGAUAUCAUCAAAAUUAAUAAGAAGAUGACAAUAAGAGAAAUUAUUGAGUAUUUUGAACAGAACUAUAAUGUAAAUGUAUCAUUUAUAUGCUUCAAUAAUUAUAUUGUAUAUUCCAAAAAAAAAAAAACAGCUUAAGAUUUGUAUAGUUUAAUAAAUAUAAAUAGUUUCUAAAGAGAUUGUGCUGAUCUUUAUUCUGAGAUUAGUAAAUAAAAGUUACCUGAACAUGAAAUUAAUUUUGAUGUAUUAGUAGAUUCAACUUAUAUUAUUGAUGGAUAAGAGGUUUGUGUAGAUUUUCCUCCAAUCAAAUAUCACUAUAAAAUUUGA